GUUUUUGCUCCGUACGUUACCUAUUGGGUUUGCUGUGUUCAUGGUCCAUUUGGCUACUAUCCCCAUAACUGGAACUGGAAUUAAUCCAGCUAAAAGCUUUGGUAUUGCUAGAUACAAUCUGGUGAAGUUUCCUCGUUUGGCAUGGGACCCUCGACUGGCGAACCCUCCCCCGACGACUCGUCUCGAGCUUCUGCCGUCGUCUCCUGCGCCUUUUCCGCCAACACCGUCUCAAGAGUAGCUAAC